AAGGAGGAGCCCGAGGCGUAAGGGAAGCCGCAAUGAGGGCCGUGCUGACGUGGAGAGAUAAAGCGGAGCAGUGUAUCUAUGACCUUGCAUUUAAACCCGAUGGAACUCAACUGAUUCUGGCUGCAGGAAACAGAUUACUGGUUUAUGACACCUCCGAUGGCACCUUGCUUCAGCCCCUCAAGGGACACAAAGACACAGUGUACUGCGUGGCCUAUGCAAAGGAUGGCAAGCGCUUUGCUUCUGGAUCGGCUGACAAAAGUGUCAUCAUCUGGACGUCAAAACUGGAAGGCAUCCUGAAGUACACGCACAAUGACUCCAUACAGUGCGUCUCCUACAACCCUAUCACCCACCAGCUGGCCUCCUGCUCCUCUAGUGACUUUGGGCUGUGGUCCCCAGAGCAGAAGUCAGUCACCAAGCACAAGUCCAGCAGCAAGAUCACCUGUUGCAGCUGGACCAAUGACGGGCAGUACCUAGCCCUGGGGAUGAUGAACGGGGUCAUCAGCAUCCGCAACAAGAACGGUGAGGAGAAGGUGAAGAUCGAGCGGCCAGGGGCCUCUCUGUCCCCAAUAUGGUCCAUCUGCUGGAACCCUUCCAGCCGGUGGGAGAAUCUCUGGAUGAACAGAGACAGCGAGGAUGCUGAGGAAGGCAUUGACAGCAGAUAUUUUCAGGAGCUCUCUUCCACUCUGAAGGAAGCAGUGUACGAUAGUCAGGGUAGUGAGGCAGAGGAGGAGGAGCCUGCUGAGGAGGACGACGAUCUAGAGGAACACAACGACAUCCUGGCUGUAGCUGACUGGGGGCAGAAACUUUCCUUCUACCAACUGAGUGGGAAGCAGGUCGGGAAAGAUCGACCCCUGAACUUUGACCCCUGCUGCAUCAGCUACUUCUCUAAGGGGGAGUACAUCUUGCUGGGGGGGUCAGACCGGCAGGUGUCCCUCUUCACCAGGGAUGGCGUGCGGCUCGGGAAGGUUGGCGAGCAGAGUUCCUGGGUGUGGACCUGCAGAGAGAAGCCCGAUUCUAACUAUGUGGUGACCGGCUGCCAGGACGGCACCAUUGCCUUCUACCAACUGGUGUUCAGCACGGUCCAUGGGCUCUACAAGGACCGUUACGCCUACAGGGACAGUAUGACCGAUGUCAUCGUGCAGCACCUCAUCACUGAGCAGAAAGUUCGGAUUAAAUGCAAAGAGCUUGUCAAGAAAAUUGCCAUCUACAAGAAUCGAUUAGCGAUCCAGCUGCCAGAAAAGAUCCUUAUCUACGAGCUGUAUUCCGACGACUCAUCGGAUAUGCGGUACCGGCUGAAGGAGAAGAUACUCAAGAAGUUCGAGUGCAACCUGCUGGUGGUGUGUGCCAGCCACAUCAUCCUCUGCCAGGAGAAGCGGCUGCAGUGCCUGUCCUUCAGUGGUGGGAAGGAGCGAGAGUGGCAGAUGGAGUCCCUCAUCCGGUAUAUCAAGGUGAUCGGCGGCCCAGCCGGGAGGGAAGGGCUCCUGGUGGGCCUCAAGAACGGCCAGAUCCUGAAGAUCUUCGUGGACAACCUCUUUGCCAUUGUCCUGCUGAAACAGGCCACAGCUGUGCGCUGCUUGGACAUGAGCGCCUCCCGAAACAAGCUGGCCGUAGUGGAUGAGAACGACACAUGCCUGGUGUAUGACAUCCACACCAAGGAGCUGCUGUUCCAGGAGCCCAACGCCAACAGCGUGGCCUGGAACAUGCAGUGUGAGGACAUGCUCUGCUUCUCAGGUGGCGGCUACCUCAACAUUAAGGCCAGCACCUUCCCCGUGCACCAGCAGAAGCUGCAGGGCUUCGUGGUUGGCUACAAUGGCUCCAAGAUCUUCUGCCUCCAUGACUUCGCCAUGUCUGCUGUGGAAGUACCACAGUCCGCCCCAAUGUACCAGUACCUGGACAGGAAGAUGUUCCGAGAAGCCUACCAGAUCGCCUGCUUGGGGGUGACAGACGCAGACUGGCGCGAGCUGGCCAUGGAGGCACUGGAAGGAUUAGAGUUAGAGACAGCAAAGAAGGCCUUCGCCAGAGUGCAGGACCUGCGUUACCUGGAGCUCAUCAGCAACAUUGAGGAGAGGAGGAAGCGGGGAGAGACCAACAGUGACCUGUUCCUGGCAGAUGUGUUUGCCUACCAGGGGAAGUUCCACGAGGCUGCCAAGCUGUAUAAGAGGAGUGGGCAUGAGGACUUUGCACUUGCCAUGUACACAGACCUAUGCAUGUUUGAGUAUGCCAAGGAUUUCCUCAGAUCUGGAGACCCCAAAGAAACCAAGAUGCUGAUCACCAAGCAGGCAGACUGGGCCCGAAACAUCAACGAGCCCAAAGCUGCAGUGGAGAUGUACCUCUCAGCUGGAGAGCACACCAAGGCCAUCGAGAUCAGCGGCAACCUUGGCUGGGUAGACACGUUGAUCGACAUCGCCCGGAAGCUGGACAAGGCCGAGCGGGAGCCACUGCUGCUGUGUGCACGCUACUUCAAGGAGCUGGACAGCCCCAGCUAUGCCGCGGAAACCUAUCUGAAGCUCGGUGACCUCAAGGGCCUGGUGCGGCUGCAUGUGGAGGCCCAGCACUGGGAUGAUGCCUUCACUUUGGGUGAGAAGCACCCUGAGUUUAAGGAUGACAUCUACGUUCCCUACGCCCAGUGGCUGGCAGAGAACGACCGCUUUGAGGAAGCCCAGAAAGCGUUCCACAAGGCCGGGAGGCAGGGCGAGGCGGUCCGGGUUCUGGAGCAGCUCACAUACAACGCAGUGGUGGAGAGUAGGUUCAGCGAUGCUGCCUACUACUACUGGAUGCUGUCCAUGCAGUGCCUGGAGAUUGCACAGGAUCCUGCCCAGAAGGACGCCAUGCUGGACAAAUUCCACCACUUCCAGCACUUGGCCGAGCUCUACCAUGGCUACCACGCCAUCCAGCGGUUCACCGAGGAGCCAUUCAGUUUCUACCGCCCCGAGACACUGUUCAACAUCUCCAGGUUCCUGUUGCACAGCCUGACCAAGGACACGCCCCCGGGCAUCUCUAAAGUGAACACACUCUACACCCUAGCCAAGCAGAGCAGGGCCCUGGGUGCCUAUAAGCUGGCCCGGCACGCCUACGACAAGCUGCAGGGCCUGCGGGUCCCCGACAAGUUCCAGAAGUCCAUCGAGCUGGGCAGCCUGACCAUUCGCUCCAAGCCCUUCCACGACAGCGAGGAGCUGGUGCCCUUGUGCUACCGCUGCUCCACCAACAACCCACUGCUCAACAGCCUGGGAAAUACGUGUGUCAACUGCCGCCAGCCCUUCGUCUUCUCUGCCUCCUCCUACGAGGUGCUGCACCUGGUGGAGUUCCAGCUGGAGGAGGGCAUCAGCGAUGAGGAGGCUGUGGCCCUCAUUGACCUGGAGGCACCACGUCACCAGCGGGAGGACCGGUGGCAAGAGGUCACAAGUGGUGAUUCCCAGACCCUGAGGCUGGAUGAGACCAGGGACAUCACAGGGGAUGACGACCCUUUCACAGCCAAGCUGAGCUUUGAGCAGGGCAGCUCAGAGUUCGUGCCGGUGGUAGUGGGCCGUGCAGUGCUGCGAUCCAUGAGCCGCCGCGACGUCCUCAUCAAACGCUGGCCCCCUCCCCUGCGCUGGCAGUACUUCCGCUCGCUGCUGCCUGACGCCGCCAUCACCAUGUGCCCCUCCUGCUUUCAGAUGUUCCACUCUGAGGACUAUGAGCUGCUGGUGCUCCAGCGCAGCUGCUGUCCCUACUGCCGCCGGCGCAUUGACAACCCAGGGCCGUGACCAGGGCUGUGCCAGUGACCGCUCUGUGGCCCAGAGUUGGACAGCAGCGAACUAGUGAUGAAGUCCGUUCCUGGGAGGGCCUGGCGUUGCCAUGGAGCCCCUGUUCAUGGCUGCGCCUGCCUGUGCAUAGUGCCAGGAGCCAGGAAGAGGACACUCAGCUGUUUUCUAAGAGAAACCCUGUUCCUUUUGGAGCAGCCUGCUGGAGGGCGUGGACCUCAGGCCAGUGGCCUGCACUGUGCCCCCACAUUGCAUCAUAAUGAUAAAUAAAGGACUAC